AUGUUUCCAGCUGAGGCAGACCAAGCCACCAAUGUUACAUCUCCCAGUGAGCUGGUGACUUUUUGUGGCUUUUUAGUGAAGAUUCGGGCCAAUGGCAUCCUGGGGUGCAGGGAAGAGUGUUGCCAGCAGGUGGAGGGAGGUGAUCCUGCCCCUCUACUCAGCCCUGGGGAGGCCUCAUCCCAAGUACUGUAUCCAAAGAUGGGGGCAAUGACCUAUGGAAAAUCAUCAUUUCUGCUGGAGAGAGUCCAGUAUAGGGCUACAAAGAUGAUCAGAGGGCUGGAGCAUCUGCCCUAUGAGGAACGGCUGCGAGAGCUGGGCCUCUUCAGCCUGGGGAAGAGAAGACUGAGGGGGGAUCUGAUCAAUGUGUACAAGCACCUGAAGGGAGGGUGUCAGGGGGAUGGGGACAAACUCUUUUCAGUUGUCCCGUGUGACAGGACAAGAGGCAAUGGGCAGAAAUUGAAACACAGGAAGUUCCGCCUGAGCGUGAGCGGGAAUUUCUUCACUGUGAGAGUAACAGAGCACUGGACCAGGUUGCCCAGAGAGGUGGUGGAGUCUCCUUCUCUGGAGAUCUUCAAGGCCCGCCUGGAUGCAACCCUGUCUGACAUGCUCUAG